GUCAUCGCGCCGCUGUCAGAGAGGCAGGAGACCCGCCCAGACAGCGAGAAGCCCCACAGCAGCAGGCGCUCGUCUUCGAGUGUGGGCGGCAUCAGAGCCCGGGCUGCGGCGGAAUCCUCUCACGUAACCCGCGGACGGGACGCAUGUGACGUAACCGGAGCGCCCCGGAAUCCGAGUGCGCGCUCUCUGUCUCAGGCCGAGCUCUCCCCCCCCCCCUCUCUCUCUCUCUCUCCGUGCGGGGAUCCGUGUUCUCGGUGGCUGCUCGGUGCUGACCGCGGCCCCUGCUGCGAGGGCGGCCAUGGACGAGCAGGCGGGGCCCGGCGUCUUCUUCAAUAACAACAAUAACUCGCUGCUCUCCGGGGGAGCGGGCAAGAGCUACGAAGCCGGAGCUGGGGAGGCGGCCUCGGCGGCGGCUGCUGGCGGAGGAGGAGGGGUGGGCGGCAAUACCGGGGCAGCCGGGAGGGCCCACUACAGCAUCCCGGGGAUCCUGCACUUCCUACAGCACGAAUGGGCCCGCUUCGAGGUGGAGAGAGCCCAGUGGGAGGUGGAGAGGGCCGAGCUGCAGGCUCAGGUAGCCUUCCUGCAAGGCGAAAGGAAAGGUCAAGAGAACCUGAAGAAGGAUCUAGUAAGAAGAAUAAAGAUGCUGGAAUAUGCUUUAAAGCAAGAAAGGGCAAAAUAUCACAAGCUGAAAUAUGGGACAGAAUUAAAUCAAGGAGAUAUGAAGCCACCAAAUUAUGAUUCAGAUGAAGCAAAUGAGGCAGAAUUACAGCCAACGCCACAGAACACCCAAUUUAUAUGGAAACAAAGCCGGCAGUUGCUAAGGCAGUAUCUCCAGGAGGUGGGUUACACAGACACCAUACUGGAGGUGAAGUCAAAGCGAGUCCGUGCUUUGCUAGGCCUGUCUGCUGACUCCUCUGACAGGCUCACAGACACCAAUCAAGAUUCCAUGGUAAAUGGUACAGAGACAGAACUUCCCAAUCCAUUGGUCAUUGGGAAACCAGAUAUGACGGACUCUGCUUCUGUGUUGGAGACAUUUAAAUUUUUAGAAAAUGCUGCUGCAGAAUUCAGCGAUGAAGAGGACGAUGAAGAAAAUGAUGGCAGGGAUAAAACCAUAAUAGAUGCAGCUACAAUUGUGCGGAGAAGAAUUAUCCCGGAACCCAAUGAUGAUAGAGACACAGAGGAGGCUUUGAAAGAGUUUGACUUCCUUGGUUCAGAUGACAGUGAUGGAGGAGAAUCUCGAAGCGCUGGCGACGGCACUGAAUGGGAAAAGGAAGACCAGUGUCCAAUCACGGAAUCCUGGAAUGUGGAUCAGGGAGUUAUAACCAAACUCAAGGAGCAAUACAAAAAGGAGCGCAAGGGGAAAAAAGGGGUUAAGAGACCAAACAGGUCGAAGCUCCAAGACAUGCUGGCAAAUCUUAGAGAUGUAGAUGAACUGCCAUCACUACAGCCCUCUGUGGUUUCAUCAUCGAGGCCUACCAGCUCAAGACUUAGCGAACAGGAAAUAAACCGGACAGACGAAGUUGAAGCUUUAACAUUUCCUCCAUCGUCUGGAAAGUCUUUCAUUAUGGGAGCAGACGAAGCAUUAGAAAAUGAACUUGGCCUGGGGGAACUGGCAGGACUAACAGUAGCCAAUGAAGCAGACUCCUUAACUUACGAUAUUGCAAACAAUAAAGAUGCAUUAAGGAAAACGUGGAACCCUAAAUUCACACUAAGAAGUCACUUUGAUGGAAUUCGGGGUCUUGCUUUCCACCCUGUAGAGCCAGUACUUAUAACUGCAUCAGAAGAUCAUACACUAAAAAUGUGGAAUCUCCAAAAGACUGCCCCUGCUAAAAAGAGUGCAUCACUCGAUGUUGAGCCAAUCUACACAUUCAGAGCACACAGGGGCCCAGUUUUAUGUGUAGUGAUGAGCACUAAUGGAGAACAGUGUUACAGUGGGGGAACGGAUGGUGUUAUACAAAGCUGGAAUACUCCAAACCCUAAUGUGGAUCCAUAUGAUUCCUAUGAGCCUUCUGUUCUUAGAGGGGCGUUUGAAGGCCACACUGAUGCUAUAUGGGGCCUGGUAUACAGCACAACUCAUCAACGUUUGUUGUCAGCAUCCGCAGAUGGUACAAUAAGAGUAUGGAACGCUGCUGAAGCCUCCCCAGCAUUAAGCAUAUUUAAUGAUAACCAAGAAUUAGGCAUACCAUCUUCUGUGGACCUGGUAAGCAGUGAUCCUGCUCAUAUGGUUGUGUCAUUUAACACUGGCCACACAAGUAUCUUUAAUAUGGAGACCCGCCAGAAAGUCCUCACAUUAGAAUCCUGCAUAGAAACUGCUGUUAAUGCCACCUGCCAAAUAAACAGGGUAAUCAGUCAUCCUACUCUUCCAAUUAGUAUCACUGCUCAUGAAGAUCGUCACAUCAAAUUUUAUGACAACAACACAGGAAAACUAAUUCAUUCAAUGGUAGCCCACUUAGAUGCUGUGACAAGUUUAGCAGUUGAUCCUAAUGGGUUGUACCUGAUGUCUGGCAGUCAUGACUGUUCGAUACGUUUGUGGAACCUAGAAAGUAAGACCUGCAUACAGGAGUUCACAGCCCACCGCAAGAAAUCGGAUGAAUCUAUCCAUGAUGUAGCUUUCCACCCAUCCAAAUGCUACAUUGCCAGUGCGGGAGCUGAUGCCCUCGCCAAAGUUUUUGUAUGACACAAUGCUUCCCCCGUACCUUUUCAUUUAACCAACCAGCCACAUCAAACAAGACGUUUCCCUGAUGCCUGAAGAGUUGACUUAAUUGGCCUAAUUCCUUUUCCUUCUUACCUUUCUUCUUGUGUUUGAUAAUCAGGAUGAAAUGAAAAAAAUCAAAACAAAACAAAAACAAAUGUUGUGGGUUUAAUUUUGGUGGGUUGAGGUUUUCUAAACUAAUGGUUCGUUCAGGGUGCUGUGAACUCAUCUGGUGCUUAGAGCCAGGAUUCUGUCUCGCAAAUGCCCACUGAGCUACAGUAGCAGCAUUUUAUUUUUAAGAGUGCAUAUUUGACCAGGCAGGCCUGGAUCAAACUAGGUUCCAGCAUAAUUUGAGGUUGUGCCUAGUGGGACAAGACGAUGGCCAGUGAAAAUGGCAAAUAUAGGAAAUACAAAUGGAAAAUGUACUUCUCCCUUAAUCUCAUUUAAAAAGCUCCAACAAGCAUAUUUGGUGGAUUACAUGGACUUCCUUACCUGCUCAAUCAAUAGUUUUGGAGCGGAGUAUUGAGAAAGGACCUUCCCAUCAAAUGGGCUAUUAGCAGCAAGUGAAAUCAGUGUAAAGUAAAAUAAAAAAAGAACACAUUUUAGGUUUUUAAUUUUUUUUUGUUUAGUGUACAGUGCUUUGUGUUCUUGGAAUGUAUUAUAAGGUGAUUACCAAAUAAAUUUAUAAAAAGGGUAACAUUUGUUUAAAAGCACGGUAAUGUGGUGAUUUUUGAUGGGUCAGUCUUUACGUUCCAGUGACUGCAAUCAUAAAGAAAGGGAUUCCAUUCCAUUUAUUUUUAAAUUAAAACUGCCUGAAUACAGCAGUCCAAUUAGCUCACAUUAGCCUGUAUGAUAUAAUCUUGUGGUGACUUGAUUUAGUUAUAUUCUACAGCACCAAAAAUGAAACACGAGGUGUAUGCUUUUGCCAACCUGUCUAACAUGUCUAAACCUAAUUAAUGUAGCUUUUGAGAGAAUGCACAAUGCCAUGAGCAAAUUUUUAAAAUAACAAUGUCAGUUGUUAUUUCGUGUGGUUCUGACUUGGGCACAUGACUAAUUAAACCAUUGCCAAAAUAAAUUGUUACAACCCUCACUAGAUGAAAUUUGUUAAAUAUGCUAGAGAAUUAGAAUUGCUGUGCUGUUUGUGUCCACAACAAGUAUUAACAAACAUUAAAUUUAGCUUACUGAUCGAAGAUUAAUAAGAAAUGCUGAGGUUAGAGAAGGAAGCAUAGUGGAGGAUAAUGAUUUUUCCAUUAUCAACCCUCCUAAUGUAUUGUGUAUUUGUGAGAAUGCAGCCUUACUUACAUUGUGUACAUUUUUUUGUGAAUAUUUUUUUUAAGAACUUUAUCUUCAAAAACAAAUAGUUUUGAUCUUUGUCCAUUUGUUAUGCCAGCAAUUAAGUCAUUCUUUAGGGAUUCCAAUAACAGACGCUAAUUGCAUUAUCACAUCCUUAUUGUUCUAUAGCAUUACUUUAAUGUAGUGCUGCAUCACCCCUUUAUUAGACUCUCAAGGGAACGUAUUUAAUCUCCAGUUGUUACCAAUGUGUUUUUCUCUGAUUGUUUGAAGGGUUCAAGUAAUACUUUAAAUGACAGAUCUAUACAUGUGCUUAGUUAUUCUCCAAUACACUGAUCUCUGAUUGUUGCUAAAGGCUUGCCCAGUGUCGUUUGGGAAAAUACCUUUUCAUCACUAAUUGUGCUAAAUUAAAUUAACCUGCUACAAAUAUUUAACAGCAACUUGAAAAGAAAAGCCACUUAAGGAGCAUAAGACUAUUAGUAGUUUUAUAAAUGUUUCAAUUUUGUUUCAUGGACAAAAGUUAUGUAUAUGGCUUUUUACUUAGAAAUUGAAAUUGUGGAUUAUUUGUGUAUUUGACUUUUACUCUCCCUCUUACUUUCUUUUUAGACUAAAAUAAUUGCAAAGAUUUAUUUGGAAAUUCUAAAAGUUAUGUAUAUUAUAUAUAAAUAUAUAUAUAUUGUAAACAUAUAUUAAAUGUGUCUAGUAUGGGAUGACUCCAGGGGUGCGUUUUAAUCUUUAUUAUUUUAUUUUUUUACCUCUUUCCCCCCUCCUCGCCCUUUUUUUUUUUUUUUUUUUGGUAUUGGAUUCUCUUAAGUGUACACCAGAUAAUGGUAUGGGUAUGACAUUGAGUAUUUUGCUGUUACAUAUUAUAAUUACAGCUGUUAAAAUUGAUGUACAUACAUCUUUGAGUUGGCAUGCUUGUUUUGAUGGCUGUAUUACUUUAGUUAAUUCAAAUCUGAAUGUAAGUAAAAUCAGUGGCUAUUUAAACUCUGCAAGGAAGAAAGCUCCAUGUCUAAGUCUAUUGCGGUUUAAACAGAUGAAUGAUAUGAGAGGAUUGAAAGGUGCCUUUAUUAUUUAAAAAAGAUAAUAAAAAAAAAAUCUAGGCCUUUUGGAAGAAAAAGUAUUGCUUACAAAUGCUGACUGGUAUAUCGAUCUUCUCAGAGUUUUAAAUGUGGUAAUACUCAACUGGGAUUGAACAAAACUAGACCCUUGAAGACUCCUCUCUAAGUGAAAUUUGAUGUUCAUUGAGAAACGUGUAUUUUUAUUUUGUUUUUUUGUUUUUUUUAAUUUCCAGGACUAUCGACUUGAAAAUAAAAAAUAUAGAUAUUAUUCCAUUAUUGCUUGUUAUGGCAAAUUAUUUCCAAUUUUACAAUGCAGUUGUGAUUUUUCUUUAGAAACAAACAUGCAUAUUGCAUGUUUCAUAGGAAGAUUUGUAUAUAGUAAACGUAAUAUAUUUCACUAAAACGUUCUCGGUGUACUGCAAUUAGUUUGUAUUCUGUCCUGUUUUGAUCAUUUGAAAACUUUACAACUUUGUUAAACAUUCUCGGUUCCACUAAUUAUUGGGGUUCAAAAUAAACAUUGAUAUGAGUUUAAUAAAGCAAAAUGGAACUCAGGUUUUCUAUAUCAGACCGUAACCAUUCUGUACUUGAACACGUAUUUUUGGUUUUGAUAAGAAAUUUUCAAUUUUCAGUGCAUUUUGGGUGUUUAGAGGUAUAGGGGGUAAAAAAAGUUUAACAAAAUGAACGUUCAUGUCAGAUUUAUUUUAAAGAAAAAUAAAUUCCUUUAUCCAAAUUGA